AGCGUGACCGUGGAAAUUUUAUGUGACCAAAAAAUGCAAAUCAAUAAUUGUUUAUUAAAACGAACUCGCCGGACAACAAUGGAAACUGGAAGAUUAGCUAUAUCGCGCGCCUUUGUUUGCUGUUCAAAUAUAAUUUUCUUGAUUUCAGGUUUUGCAUUGAUGUCAUUAGGUGGAUUAUUAUUAGCCGAUAAUGAACGGAUUUUAUUAUCACGUCUACUAGGACCUGGUGACAUUCAUCCCGAUCAACCACUCUUUUAUUAUCUGGCUUUUGCUAUAGUUGCACUAGGAUUUCUCAUCGCCAUCACCGGGCUUUUCGGAUGCUGGGCGGCUUGUCUCUUCAAUCGCUGCAUCACAAUCUUCUAUCUCGUGACGAUAAUCUUGCUGCUCCUCGGUGAAUGUACCGUGUGUAUUAUCGCUGUUUUUUGGCCUCACAUAUUGGGGAUCGAUGUAAGACCGGCACGUCUGAUACGCGCUUUGCAACGCAGUUACUCUGUUCCUGGACGCGAACAAUUCACGGCAGCCCUCGAUCUUGCACAAACGACGUUUGCCUGUUGCGGCAUAAACGGAAGCAGCAAUUACGGCACGUCGUGGUGGCGGCUGCAGGAAGUCGGCCGAAGAGAAUUAGUAGUACCUCUCAGUUGUUGCACCCUGAAUAAUGCCAAUGAGACGGACUCUUUCCUCAACCCUGAGCCUGCCAAUCUCACUCUCUGCCAGGCUCUGAACCCUGCCGAACAUCAAUACGCCCGACACACAGUGGGUUGUCUUGAACAUAUCGAGAAGUGGAUGCAAGAUCAAGCAUUGAUCCUGCUGGCUAUUGUAUUAGCUGUUAUGUUUGUCGAAGUCAUAGCGCUCCUCAGCAUACUUCUCGCUUGCUCGCGAGGAAACAGGAGAAGCAAGUCGCAGGCGUCGACAUUUACCUCCACGCAGACUUUAAGUCCAUUCACCGAGAGCGAUCACGAUUUUGAGGGCAGUCAAGGACGGACAGCAGUUGACGUUAAGGACUCGAAUAAUCGAGAAACUAUAUGCGAUGAUACUAAAUAUAGUGUAUUAGCAUCGAAUAAAAAGAGUAUAAUCGAGGAAUGGAAAAAUCCUCCCAAGUACUCCGAGGAUUUAUUACGGAGCGAUCAAACGUACGAGGAACGGGCGGUCGACGUUAUAAUCGAUAAUCGUCCUCAGGAAUAUCUUAAGAGAUUCUCACAAAACGCGCCGCCUUCAAAAAUGGUGAAUGAUAAUGUCAAUAAAAAUAGCAACGAUAACAAGCUGAUUAAGAUUAAAAGACCUCAAGGUGGCGGUACAGUCAGAAGCAUCCCCAUUAAAGAUUACCAAGCAUCGAUCGCGCAUAACAUCGGUACAUUGCGACGAUCCGUGGCACCUCAAUCGCAAUUCGAGACUUUAGUUUCCGAACCUGAAAAGAGCGUUUAUAUGGCGUCGAAGAAAAUAAUUCCUACAGCCAGUAACUUGCAUCAUCGAACAGCGUCGCAGAUUACAUGCAUCGCCGCGCAAAUGGAAGCCAAUAAUAAUCGCAAGAGAUCACUCUGCCACUUUUGCAACAGUCAACGCGAUCCACGUGGCUGCUGCUGCGCUGAUCCAAACAAGAACACUGAAGAGAAUCGAUAUUUUAGUAAGACGGAAGAUCAGAGAUCGCAGGACGGAUCCGACAUAGAUGAAUAUUUUCACAGGGGCUCACGCAGGAGAUUCAGCUCGAGUUACGAUCGCCAGCCUUCGAGAUGUACGCGUGAAUCUUCGGGAAAUACAGUAAUGAUAACGGCGUGUACAAAAGAUGGAAGAGUGAUGGAAGACACGGAUGCGUUGCAAGUAGCGGAGGGUCAUGUUGGUCAAAAGAUAUCGGCGUACGAGCAGAAUACUCGACAUAGUCUGCGUGGCCCCAAUCCUAGGUAUCGAUCGCUCUUCGAGGUAAGGGGACAUCGAAGCAUCGGUGUGCCGUUGGUAGGUAUGCACAACGCCUGCGGCUUACCCGUCGUAGCUUCCUGGCACAAUCAUGAGCUUCUGGAUCCUCUGCGGAUUGCGAGGACUGUGACGUCUGUUUACAAGAGUCCUCGCACUGUUCCAAACGUGCGACGUCGAACUCAAAAACGGAAAGCGCCGCAGCCGGAUCGCGCGAUGAUACAUUCUAGAGACGAUCGCAACGUUACAAGAUCGGCAAUCAAGUCGAUGGUUUAUCCGGAUGCUGUUAACGUUGGCGAGAGAUCCAGGCGGAGGCGUCGCCGCUCAUCAUUUACCGCGACGAAAGGAUCACUGUCUUCGAAGAAUUCCUUCAAGAAAACGAUGAGAUCCAAGAGGCACGGGAUUAAAGUAAGUUCGCUGGUAGAUACUUUUGGCAGGAAAUCGAUGAAACUUGGAAGCGCCAAACGGACGACUCUGUAUGCUAAAGACGACGGGGAGGAGGCUGUACAAGUUCUAAAAAGCUUAUGUUUGAAUCCUCUAGCGCGUGCCAAUCCGGAAACGGAUAUGAUGUGGUAAAGCGAGGGUACUCAUUGACGCACUUUCUUGCUUUUAUUAAUUAAUACAUUAAUAUAUUUGAUCAAACCAUUUAAAAUAAAAAAGAAAACAUAGAUUUCAUCAAUUGUGCAAAAGAUUUAAUGGAUAUCGUUUACUUCGCUAUUUAAUUUAAAACCAAAUAUACAUAGAAAAAAAAUAGCAAAGUACGAAAUAAGAGCUUUUUUAUUCAGUCUUAUUUUUAUCUAUUAUCUCUUAUGUGUUUGCUUUUACUUCUCGUAUAUUCAUACGAGUAAAUUAGUUACGCAUAUGAGUUGUGUGUAAAUAUAUAUCGGACAUAAUGUUAUUGUUAUUGGAUUUUAUAUUUGAAGUUUUAUAAUAAACGGAAUCCUUGCUGCCCUCUUUCA